AUGAGCGGUCCAUUAGUGGGGGUGGCCAUUAACGACAAGUCUGCCAGGUUGGCGCGGCGUUACGCCCUUGAGUCCAACUAUGACGUUGCGGUGGCCUUCUACACGGGGCUCGACAAGGAUUUUGAGGUGUACAUGGAGUGCUGCGAAGACGCUUCUGAGCGGGCCCGCUGGGCUCUCCUGCGUGAGAAGAUCGCCGAGGAGUGCUCUCUCGUACGCUCCAUCCAGGAGGAGCUCAAGGCGCUAGUGAACCCGGUGGAGGCGGCGCGGCUGGAACGUGCGCAGCAGGGUGACAGCGGCGUGGCGCAAGUGUCGCCGCCCAGGCCUCGCGUGGCACGUGACUCGUAUCCAGGACGUGCAGCAACGACACGGCCCGCGCGCCCCACCGGUUUCCGAGCAACCAACACGGCUACCUCGGCCUCGCCCCCGCCGGCCCUUCACCGCGCCGCAGAGAGUGCCGGGGCGCUCAACCAGGUGCUAUAUGGAGAUAAAGAUCGAUUUGGCCCUCCAGAGGGGCCAGCUAUCAAGCCGCAGCCGCGGCCAGGUGGAGUGUCCAAGCCAUCACAACGCCACAGCUCCCCUGCUUUUCGCAGGGGUGCACCUGCAGGGGGUGCAUUGACAAAGCCGUCCUCUCCUCUUAGUAACGCCAAGGCUAAGGUGGUCACGCGGCGUGCAGAGAAACCCGCGGACGGUGGCGGACGUCGUCAGGGAACGCGGACCACUGUCCCGCGUUUUGCUCCACGCAGUGGAGAAGAAGAGUUAGUCUCACUCAUCGAGGCGGACAUGCACGUUGGCCCAACGUCCUUGUCGUGGGCUGAUAUUGCUGGGCUAGAAGAGGCCAAAGGGCUACUUGAGGAGGCUGUUGUCUACCCGGUGCUGAUGCCGGAUUACUAUCAGGGAAUCCGGCGACCAUGGAAGGGGGUUCUCCUGUACGGGCCACCUGGGACGGGAAAAACAAUGCUCGCUAAGGCGGUCGCGUCGGAGUGCAACACAACUUUCUUCAAUAUCUCACCCGCUACCUUAACCAGUAAGUGGCGCGGUGAUAGCGAGAAACUUAUCCGGAUUCUUUUUGAGAUGGCACGACAUUACGCACCGAGUACCAUAUUUAUUGACGAAAUUGAUUCCCUGUGUGGGCAGCGGGGAGAUGGGGGCGAGCAUGAGGCCUCGCGCCGUGCGAAAGGGACGUUACUAGCCCAGAUGGAUGGUGUUGGUGUUGAUCCUGGAAAGAUAGUCAUGGUUUUGGGCGCCACAAAUCAUCCGUGGUCUAUCGACGAGGCGAUGCGUCGCCGAUUGGAGAAACGUAUAUACAUUCCUCUUCCAGAUUUCAACGAUCGUGUGGAGCUCUUCCGCAUCAACACCCAAUCGCUGAAGUUGUCUUCCGACGUGGACUUUAAACGCCUGUCGACGAUGCUGGAGGGUAGACACUACAGUUGUGCCGACAUUACAAAUCUAGUGCGUGACGCGGCGAUGAUGACGAUGCGGCGCUUCAGGGAGGAAAUGGACAAGUCAGAGCUCAAACGACGCGCGGCAGAAAUUGGCAAGCUGGUGGCAGACCAGCCAACGACUAUGAAUGACUUCCUGAGUGCUGUGAAGAAUGUGCCGAGCAGCGUCAACGUGGAGCAGAUCGUGAAGUUCGAGAAGUGGAAGAAAGAGUUCGAGACAAACGUGUAG